GAUAUGGACAAACAGUGAGUUAUUACUUCCAUAGGGUCUUACACUCUUGUCUCAGACUGUAUAGAGAUGUUGUCAGUAACGCCACUGUUCACAACUCACCAUACGAGAAAGAAAAUGUCAAGCCUUGGUUCACAUAUUUUCAGGUUAGGGGUCGAAAUUAUUUCAUUAUAUAUUUUGUAAAGGUUCAAUAUUCUAAGGUAAUUUUCUUAUUAAAAGUAUUUUUUUUUUUUUUUUGGUUAAAGGAUGCUGUAGGGGCAAUAGAUGGUACACAUAUUGCUGCGAAUGUCCCCUUAGAAGAACAAGCUAGGUAUCGCAAUAGAAAGCAAGUGAUUUCUCAAAAUGACAACAUCCAGUAUAUCAUAAAAGACCCAAUCUCAUAUAUGAAUAGGUCUACUUCUGCAGGAUGACAAAAAAAUUCAGUUUAAGAAUUCUUUAUCCAAACGUAUGAACCAGCAUCUGAAAUGAUCUUCUUAAAAAAAAAAACUAAAAAACAGUAUGGAAUCACAUCCUUUAUAGACUAACCAAAGGAGACAGUCUCUUGAUCCUUCCCUGCUAAUAAGUAAUGCAUUUCUCUUCAAGUAAAGUUGUAUCUGUCCAUUUUCGUGUAUAAACCAAGCUUGAAUACAUUUCAAGCUCAUUAAUUGUCUGAGAUCAACUCAAACUCCAUACAUGGUCAAGCUUGGCCUAUGCUCAGCUUGAUUAAAGCUUGUUUGAGAUUACAAAUAUAAAGAGUAACCUUGAACAGAUUUUCUCAAAACAGAAUUCAACUGAGAAGGGAAAGUUUAUGUGUUGAGGGUAGUAGUUCAAGAGAUUUUCUGACAUCAGGGAAAUUCAGGGCAAGAAACCUCACCUUCGAUCCUUAUUGGUGGAGACAGGGUGUUCAGUUACCGCGGUGAUUGAAAGAGAUAAGGCAGCAGAAAUUAGCCUGAGUGUUUGGCAGUUGGUACCCAGAAGGAGACAGGUGAGUUUCAUGCAUAGGUGGCAUGUGAAAUUCUGUUAGGAGUGGGGAACAAAACAGUUGUUGGGGCCAGUCUGGUUGACGUUUUGUAAGCACAUGUGACAAUUUGAGGGUGAGAGAAUAACUCUUCUGAACACGACAAAAAGCUCACUUCUUUCACCAAUAUUUUCUACAGAACAUAAAACAUUUCUUUUUUUUUUUUUUGCCAACCAUUUGAUAAAUGCCAAAAAAUGUCAAUCAUUCCUGGUUUGCAUCUUUUGACUAAGAAAGUCUAAAACUUUCCAGGUAUAGUUCCCUAAAAGCCAACAAUGCUAGUAGUCUCUAAGAGAUUGCUAAUAGUCCCCAAAAUCACAAGUCUUAAUCCGUUCCCACUAGCCUCAUUUUCAACUAAGUAUUCCACCAUGGAGGUGAAACUUUUCUAUCAUCAACUCCCAAGGUUCUUAAACACUAGCACCAACAAACAUGAACUUAUUUUUCUUAAAGUAACAAAUGAAAAAUGAUCUGCCUUGAAACCAAAACACGACAUAGUUGUGUCAGGUUCUCAUCCAGCAAUGAUAUAAAUUGUCUGAAAGGUCAAAUUUGUGCCAUUGUUGGGCAUAAGCCAAGGACGCCAAUAUCCCAAAGGGGAUUCUGCCUCUUGGCUGCUGGUUUUAAUAAAAUAGAUGUCUAAUAUGUGACAAUAAGAAUUACAAUCUACAAACGAAUAUAGAAACAAACUUGCAUCAUAAAGCGUUCACAUUUGUUAUGAUGCAUUAUCAAUUUGCACACCACUAAUAAUGCAGAAUCUUCUCAAACAGAUUGAAUGUGAAGGAAACAAAGCCAGUGGAAAUAUGAAACUUAACUUAGCAAUCACGACAAAAUUCAGAUAAAGUGUUAAGGUCAUAAACAAAUUAUAUAAGAGCAUUCUAAAAAUGAAUUAUGUAAACUUCGAAGGUUUCAAGAGGAGCACAAUUAUUUGAGUGUAUUACAACAAAAAAUACUUAAAGCCAACUAUUCCAACUUCAUAAAACCCUGUGUUACUUAGACAUGUAUAUCAGAGCAUGCAUACUAAUUUCUAGACUCAUAAAUCCAUAUGCAUUUUAUGGUUUGCAUUGAAUAAUAUUUCACAUAAACAUCAACCCCUUUGCAUUCCCACCCUCACCCCCCUUAAAAGGAAAAACUCGAGCCUUCCUUCCAGAAAAGGAAACAUAACCAACCUAAUCUCACAAAAGAUACCUCUUUGUUGAAAUUAACAAUGAUAACAAGCAAAAAAUAAUAUUAAACAAUCAAAUGAAUGAAAAAAUCAGAAAAUAAUACAGAACAUAUAAACCAAAAGUAGAACACUAUACACAAUAACUUUAUCUGAACACAUAAAGCCAGAACAAUUUUCGUCCUCCUCCCCUGAUUGGGUAAUGCCUUGUCCUCAAGUUGAAUCCAGGUGGCUUCUUUUAGCAAAGAACAUCCUAGAUCCAUGGAAUUCGAAAACGCGGCAUGGAACAAAUGGUUAUGCAUCUGUACUAACAUUAUUCUGAAUGCUCCUCCUUUCAAGAACCGAACUAUUCCACACAACAACCAGCAUUCCCCUUCAAAUACUCAAAACAGGCAAGAUUUGCCGAUGUAACCACAAAUGUACGCAUAUUUUUACAAGCAUACCAAUUAGCUAGUCCGAACAUACAUCAAAACCAAGAGAAAGAGGGCCCGAUUCAAUACUAUACGAUUGAUAAGAUCAUUGUAGAAACUAACAAUAGAGAAGUAAAUCAACCUCUCUGAGAAAUUCGGAUCGGGAAGUCCGUCGAGGAAUCGCGGAAGAGUGCAAAGAUCAACAAGAUCGGCGAUCUGGAAUCACUGUCGGGACUUCGGAAGGUCGCUUCGAGGAAGAAUAUGCAUUGUGACUGGGUCGAAUACAAUCUGGAUCGGAAGACGCUGCUUUAUCGCUGCGACCGAACUGACUGAAUAAUCUAUUUGGAACUUAGCUUUUAAUAAACGAAAAUGCUUGUUCAAGAAAUAUUUCAAUAUUGAAACUUGUUCAGGAGUGUGUAAACAGCAGUUCAUGGCGGACUUAGAGAAGUUGCUUCUGGAGGCAGCAGGAAGAACCAGUACAGCUGGAAGGAACCAGCAUUCACCUCCAGCAUCUAGAAGGCGUCGUGAUGGUUCAUAUUCGGAUGAUGGAAGUGACUCAAAGGAUGAUGACUCAGAUGAUGACUGUGGUUAUGCUAGCAGGAAGCCAUCUGGGUCUCAAGUUCCUUUGAAGAAGAGGCUUGACCCUACAGAAAGGGAUGAUGAUCGAAGCAACCAGGAAGAAGGUGAUGAUGAUGCUGAUUAUGAUCAAAAUGGUGACAGCGGUGAUGAUUCUGUUGGAAGUGAUCUUUACAGGGAUGAGGCUGACAGGCAAAAGCUUGCAGAGAUGACAGAACUUGAACGAGAGUUCAUAUUGUCAGAACGUGCAGCUAAGAAAAACGAUAAACAACUGCGGGAGAAGAUGAGAGCAAAACAGAAUGACAAGUUGUCCCAAGCUAGGAAAGAGAAAGUGAGUCCACGUCAUACAGUCUCUCGGGGUGUACGCUCCUCUGCCAGAUCGGCCGACAGAGCAGCAGCCAAGGAUGAUGCAUUGAAUGAGCUACGAGCAAAACGAUUGAAGCAUCAGGACCCAGAGGCUCACCAGAAACUGAAGGAUGCUGCGAGAGGUCGUCAAGGCAGCAGGGGGUUUUCACCAAUUAAGCGGAGAGCCGUCACCACAGCUACAAGCAUAAGUAGCUCCAGUCAGAGUGAAAGUGGAUCAGAUAGUGAAGAUGAAGACUCAGCAGGAGAUGGUAUGCUUGACAGUGAUGAAGAAAAAAACUCAUCCGAUAUGCCAAAAUUUGAGGAUAUAAGGGAGAUUACCAUCCGGAGAUCAAAACUGGCUAAGUGGUUUAUGGAGCCUUUCUUUGACGAGUUAAUUGUGGGAUGCUUUGUAAGGGUUGGAAUUGGAAAAUCGAGAUCUGGACCUAUCUACAGACUCUGUGUGGUCCGUAAUGUUGAUGCCACGGACCCUGACAGGCAGUACAAGCUAGAGAACAAAACCACAUACAAGUAUUUGAAUGUCGUUUGGGGCCAUGAAAGUUCAGCUGCCAGGUGGCAGAUGGCUAUGGUUUCAGACUCCCCUCCUCUGAAGGAUGAGUAUGACCAGUGGGUUAGGGAGGUGGAGCGUAGUGGAGGGCGGAUGCCAGGCAAACGGGAUGUGCUUACAAAGAAGGAAGCCAUACAGAAAACAAACUCAUUUGUCUACUCAGCUGCCACAGUGAAGCAGAUGCUCCAGGAGAAGAAAUCAGCCACAUUGAGGCCUCUAAAUGUUGCUGCUGAGAAGGACCGGCUAAGGAGGGAAAUGGAAGUUGCCAAGAGUAGAAAUGACGAGGCAGAGGUGGAAAGGAUCAGGACAAGACUGCAGGAACUGGAGGCAACCCGGCAAACUCAGGAAAAGGAUUCUAAGGCCUUAAGGUUGGCAGAAAUGAACAGGAGGAAUAGGGUUGAGAAUUUCAAAAAUGCUUCAGAACUGAAACCCGUGAAUACAGGUUUGAAAGCUGGCGAGGCUGGUUAUGAUCCUUUUUCAAGGCGAUGGACUAGGUCAAGGAAUUACUACAUGUCAAAGCCCAGUGGAGGAGAUGAAGCUGCUGAAGCCGGUAAUGGCGAUACUACCGUCGAACCAGGGGCAGGUGGUAAUGGACUUGGCAGCAGAUUCACUGCAGAUGCAGCCAUGGCUGCUACAGCAGCAGCCUUGGAAGCAGCAGCUGAUGCAGGGAAGUUGGUGGAUACAAGCGCUCCGGUGGAUCAAGGAACAGAGUCGAAUAUGCUGCAUAAUUUUGACCUUGCAAUCUCUUUGGCUGCACUUCAGAAGUUUGGUGGACCGCAAGGAGGCCAAGCAGGAUUCAUGGCCCGAAAACAGAGGAUCGAAGCAACAGUUGGAUGCCAAGUCCCAGUUAACGAUGGAAGGCGACAUGCACUGACUCUAACAGUUAGCGACUACAAAAGGCGCAGGGGGCUGCUUUGAGGUCUCUGUUUUUAAGGCACAAGUUCCGGUUUCUGCAAUAACCAGCCAAAUUGAACUCAAAACGCUGUUAUUCAAAGAUAGGGUUCCCAUUGGGGCUUUGUUUUGAGUAACGGACAGUGAAUAUAACGCGUGACCCUUUUCAUGUUUGUUUUUGUUAAUUUUCAUUUGUAUUGUGUACCUCAACGGGAUUAUUAUCUUUUCUUUAGUAAGGGAGAAUAAUUAUCUUUA